AUGUUUACGACAAAAAAACACGAAUCACAAUCAACAACAACAGGUUCUAAAAGCAAAAAUCAAAUUGUAUGUGGAUCAUGUGAAUCUGAAUUAGAACCAAAUCAUCGAGGAAUAAAAUGUGUUCAAUCGCAUCAUUUUUGUAUAGAUUGUUCGAAACAGAUUGUUGGUUUAUAUUUUUCCGAUCCACAGCAUUAUACACCUUUACGUUGUCUUCAAUGUCAUGUUGAAUUGGAUACUGAUGUAUUUGAAAGACAAUUGACACCCACACAAAUUGAACUUUAUCGUGAACAUAUGUUGGCGACAGUUUUGGCAACAGUAAUCAGUUCAAAUGAACGCUUAGAUAAUUGUCCGUUUUGUUGUUAUAUUGUUAUACGCGGUGUACAUGAUGCAAGUAUUCUUCAUUGUGAACGUCCCGAUUGUGGUAUAACAUCAUGUUUAGUAUGUCGAAAAGCUUGUCCAAAAAUUCGUGGUCCUUAUGUAACGCAAUCUGAAGAAGACGAAAUGAUGAAGCAUUUCAUGUGUGAAUCAUUAGCAAAUGAAAAAAAGAUGUUUGAUCAAGCGAUCGAAAGUGGACAGAAAAUGUCUUGUCCAAAAUGUGGUUUAGCUGGCAUGAAAGAUGAUUCUUGUACACAUAUGACUUGUCAAAAAUGUUCGCAAGUUUGGUGUUAUUUUUGUGGGAAACGACUUGAAGACUGCAAUAGAGCAACAGGUGGAACCAAUGGUAUAAUUGAUCAUAAUCAUAAUUGGCAUAUAAAUCCAAACCGUUGUCCAAUGUAUUUUACACAAAUUCAAGAUUUUGAUACACGUUGGCCCAAUAAUGAAAUCGACUGUUUAAAUAUGUUUCAUCGUAUUCGUACAUUACGUUUACUACGUGAAGUAUUUGAAGUACUUGGUGAAGAACGUAUUCAAGAAUUAAACCAUCAUUUUCAUUCGUUUGACUCAUGUGGUUUUUCAUUAAAUGAAAUACUUCAUGAAGAUUUGACAUUAAUUCGAGGACAAGAAAGACGUUAG